GCCCGGAGAGGAGUGGUUCUGCUGUGUGUGCUUUGACGGGUAAAAUUCGGAUACAUUUGUUUCCCUUGACGUCUAAAAUGAUUAGCAUCACUCCGUCACAACCAGUAAAUAACAUCUAACUAUGGAGAGACUUGUUUAACAACAAGCAGUCAAUGUUUUUGACGACGCCAUUGGAUACCGUCGUUGUUGUUUUCAGCGUGGGAAAUGACCGGGGCUGUGGCGAGUGUGCAGCGGUCGUGUUAAAUUCAAAACUUUUUACGGUCAGUGAUGCGUUUUAACGAGAAGGAGAUGGUGCACUUGAGCCGACAGCCGUCAGAAAUGGUCGCCGAGCUGGGCAUGCGAGGACCCAAGAAAGGAGAUGUUGUCAAGAGGAGGCUAGUGAAACUCGUUGUUAACUUCCUCUUCUAUUUUAAGACUGACGAGGAAGAACCUAUUGGAGCUCUGCUGUUGGAGCAAUGUCGGGUGGAGAAGGAGGACAGCCUAACAUUCACCAUUGCAUUUCUAGAAGACGCAGAGAGGAAAUAUCUUUUUGUGUGUGACUCUGAGGAGCAGUGUGGGAAGUGGAUAGACUCCAUCAUCAGGGCGAGCUAUGAGUUCAUGAGGCGGAAUCUCAUAUUCUACAGAACUGAAAUCCACAGGCUCACUGGAAAAGAUCCAUUGGAGCAGUACGGCAUAUCAGAUGAAGCUCGCUUUCAAGUUACUAAUGGCCUGCAGCAUACGCCCAGAGAUGCCUCCUCAAUGUAGACUAGCAUUCUGCCUAUUUUGAUCUUUUUCUUUUCAGUUCAGCUUGCCACUCAAAUAGCACCACCACCCUGGACUGAAAAGCAAAGGCAUUACUGGAUUUCAACAGUGUGUGAAUCUUCAACCACCAGCUUGUUGUGGCCUUCAGAAAUCAUGAUUUUGGGUUCUCAGUGCCAGUGCAAGUUUUUUUUCUUUAUUUUAUAGUUAAUAGUCUCUAAUUUUAGAUAAUGUGGAUAUUGUGAGUCACUGGCAAUAUUUGACUUGCUACUGGGAGAAUCAGUCAGGACAAUAGGAAAAAUAUUAACAAUGGCUGCAGUGCAACAUUUUAGAUAAAUGACUUAAUUAAACUAAGACUUACCGAUGGUAUUUGAACUGCUGAGUUGAGCCACAAUUAUAUACAUAUAAUAUAGCGAGGGAAAAUAUAGUUUUUUUUCUCCAUGAGUGUUUAUCGUCCUGCUCAUCUAAACUACUUGGCUUGUUAAGAUACUUUUGCACACUGUACUGUACUUUACUUGGUCUUGAGAGUUUAUUUUAUGAGUUUCUAAAAUGUACUUGAAUUAACUUUUUAUUUUCUAUUGCACUGUAAUUUACAUUUCUUUGGUUAAGGUGGACCAUGCUAAGUCUUUUGACUUCCUCUUGUUUUUGUAUGUCGCUACAGCUCUGAACCACGUUACAUGUAAACACAGUUCUGUACUCUGCAAUUUGGUAAACAUUCCAUACACGUCUAUUUUAUAAUUAGCGUACAGUAUGCUUCACUUGCUUUCCCAGUGUCUUGUCUUCUUCAUUGAGAACAUAUUUAACUUCAACUUUUAUAGAUGAUUUCUUUUUUUUUUUUAAUAAAAGAUUUUUAACUGAUAUUUAAUUUUCUAAGUAAAGUGAAUCUAGUGACAUUUAUAGGUCAGAUAAGUGUUUAGCAUUUAGAAGGUAAGAAGUGACAUGAUUUACUGUGGUGAGUAGUCCGGCACAAGGUCUAUACUGGCCUUAACACUAUCAGAAGAACUGAACUACAUUUGUUCCAUAAAAUUGUAUUAAUUUA